AGUGGGAGAUCGCACGGAUUAGUCGCCACCGUGGCGCAAACAUAAUUAAAAUGUCGCAAACCCUUUUGCACCGUUCCUCGUUCGAUCCUCGGUUCGGUUGUUGGGUUCGGUCCGCCGCAUAACGGUUCCGGAACGGUACCGGCGUGGCGAUCACUUAUUGAACUUUCAUUUUUUUUUUAGGAUGUAUGACGAGCUGAACCUAAGCUACGAAUCGGAAGCGUCGGCCAGCGAUUGGAAGAGCUGCUACCAGCGCGACGUACAGUACUGGAUGUCGCACGAACUCCAGACGGACACGGUCAUGCCGGCACUGGUCCGUACGAUGGCAUCCCUUGCCAAACAGUUUCACCUUUCGCCAGCGAUCGAAUUCUCUGCCAUCGAUACCCUGGAGCUGCUGCUGGUGCGAGCCUAUCAAUCCUGGAUGAAACAAUCGAUGCCCGCUCCGGAUGCACUCGGACGGAGUGUGACGCAGUUUCUCGCCCAACUACCCCUCUACACGGUGGCCGUACUGGAUGUGGUCAGCAAAUACAUCGACGCAUCGGUGAAGCUCGAUUUGGGGGCAUUGAAAAAGGCGGCCAACGUCACGAUGCCGGCCGCGGACGUCAAUAUGUUGUCGGUGGAGUUUGAAGUAAUGAAACUGUUGGAGAAUGAGUUCCGUUCAUCAUUACUGCUCGGUGCGGUCGAACGGUUCACCAAGAAGUACCUCCUACCGUUGGUGUCGGUGACGCAGCAAAAGGAAACGAUUUCCCGGGCCGGUGUGAAGCUGUUACGCAUAGCGAUCGCAGAACGUGGCACCAUUUACAGCAGCCUGAAGACUUCCAUCAAAGAUGAAACCUCGUUCCGGCGCUUCAAGGCGAACAAACUGAUACUGGCCGGUUCGAUAACGCUCGCGAUACUGCAGCUGAUUACGGCGGGACGUACCACCACCACCAGCAGCAACAACGGUGCGUCACAGUCGCAACAGCAUCUGCAGCGUAUCCUCGAACCGUUGGCCGAUGAUUGCUGUGUGCAGGCGACGAACCUGCUCUACCUACGUGACGCCAUACUCGGUGUCGUUGGGAUUGAUGUCCGCACCUCGGGAGGACCGUAUUGACGAAGAGCCGUUGGGGGGGCUACGUUUGCCGAUUCGAUGUAAAUUCGAUGU